AUGCCAGUCAGCCAUGUUGUCAUGUUCAAGUUCAGGGAUGACGCAACACCUAAAGAAAUCCAACCGAUUGUCCAGCAGAUGCUCGAUCUGAAAAACGAGUGCCUACACCCAGGAACCUCCAGGCCAUAUAUCAUCUCCUCAAAAGGAGGACGCGAAAAUUCAAUCGAAGGCUCACAGAAUGGCUUGACGCAUAUCUUCAUAAUCGAAUUCAACAAUUGCGAAGACCGAGACUAUUAUGUCAGGUCGGAUCCUGCACAUCUCUUGUUUCUUCAGGCCGCGAGGAGUUUUAUUGAUAAGGUGCAGGUUGUGGAUUUUGCAGCUGGGGUAUGGUGA